AUGAAGGACUAUCUAACAUCCGGGCACAUGGAAAAAAUUGAAGAAGACGACAUAAACAAUGAUAAACCUAUGUAUUACUUGCCUCAUCAUGCGGUACUUAAACCUGAGAGCAAGACUACUAAAUUGAGAACUGUUUUUAACGCAUCUGCCAGUACAUCAACCGGACUAUCGUUGAAUGACGUUUUGAUGAGCGGACCCACAAUCCAACAAGAACUUUUCAGCAUUCUUCUAAGGUUCCGAAGUCAUCGUUACGCACUGAUAGGAGAUGUAAAACAAAUGUUUAGGCAAAUGUUGAUUCACGUAGAUGAUCGGCAAUUGCUGCUAAUAUUUUUGCGAUUCUCACAUAAAGAAGCAGUCAACACCUAUCGCUUAAAUACUGUCACAUAUGGAACUUACUCGGCACCAUUUGCAGCGACUCGGUGCUUACGACAAUUGGCUAUCGAGAACGAGGAACGGUAUCCAGAAGCCUCUAAUGUAAUUAAAAUGGACUUCUACAUGGACGACGUAUUGACAGGACAUGAUGACCCGGAAAGGUUGAUUCAAACAAAGAACGAGAUGAGCACGAUUCUGAAGAGUGCAGGUUUUGAGCUACAUAAAUGGAAAGCUAACGAUCCUUCAAUAGUACCUGACGAUGGGAGCACUUCAAUAGUGAAAAUUCUGGGAAUGCUUUGGAAUACAAGAGCAGAUAUGUUUGGAUUUCGAGCAGACAUAAAUAUGAGCGCAAGAACCACAAAACGAAACGUAUUGUCAGAGGUGCAAAAAAUUUUCGAUCCUCUAGGGAUUCUAAGUCCGAUCGUUCUACAUGGCAAAUUAACAAUUCAAGACAUUUGGUCGGUAAAGCUAGAAUGGGAUCAAGAACUUCCAGAACAAAUUAUGAAUCAAUGGAAAUGGUUCUGUAAGCAGGUGGAAGAAAUUAACAAAAUCUCUAUUUCUACAUACGUUCACAGCAAAGGUUGCUUGGUAGAACUUCACGGAUUCGCAGACGUAGCCAAACGUGCUUAUGGUGCGGUUAUUUACGUAAGAACGGCCAAUGAAAAAGGCAUCAAUGUCAGGCUGUUGUGCUCAAAAUCCCGAAUCGCACCAAGCAGUAAAAAGACGAACAUAGAAGACACAACCAUCCCACGCAUGGAGCUACGAGCGGCAACUUUGCUGGUAGAACACAUGGCUAAAGCCAAGGAAGCACUUGCGAUCGAAGUACACGGGAUCUAUUACUGGACUGACUCGAUGGUCACAUUAGAUUGGAUCUCCAAUCUGACAAAGAAAAGGCCAACCUUCAUCAGCAAUCGCGUUAGGAAGAUAAAUGAUAUGUCACCAAUCGAAAACUGGAAUCACGUCGGGUCAAAGGAGAACCCAGCAGAUCUUAUUUCCCGGGGAACGUCUACACAAAAGCUAGCGGAGAGCACGAUUUGGUGGAAGGGCCCUGCAUUCCUCGAAGGACGCGAUCGCACGUGGACUCAAAGGCCAUCAAGAGUCAUGAUCACACAAGAGCAACAACAAGUAGACUCUCGUUGCGAAGAUCGUUAUUCGAAAUUAGAAAAGUUGCAGAGAGUUGUAGCAUACUGUCUGCGUUUCAAACGAAACUGUCACAUACAGCAAAUUGAAAGAGAAACAGGGCCACUUACGUUGAAGGAGCUAGAUGAUGCUCAGUUGUGCAUUGUUCGAAUGGCACAAACUAUAUACUUUGCAAACGAGAUUCAACUGUUAAAGAAAAAUAAAUCGUUGCCCAGUUCUAGCACCCUCAUAACUCUCCAACCAUUCUUAGAUGAUCGUCAGGUUCUUCGCGUUGGAGGACGCAUUCAGGCGGCCGGAGUGGAAUUUAACCAGCAGCACUCAAUUAUUUUGUCAUCGAAAUGCCCAAGUUCAGGAGUUGCCACUUCAAACACGGCUACCUUUAAUGCGCCGAUAACGAAACCGUGGCUGGAGAAAACGUUCCCAGACCUAACUCCCUGGGAUGGAGCACAACUGCGUGUUUACAACACGGAUAACCUGCCGAAAGCUAUUCUGUUCGCAGGUUAUUUUUUAAACAGCGUGGACACAUCAAACGGAAUAAUAUUGCGAUUCAUCCAAAAUCAGAACGACGGUAUCUCUGCACUGGAUUGGCGCGUAAAGAACCGCAAGGUAGCAGGGAAAACCGUCGAAUUGUUUCUAGAGAUCGACGAACAAUCCGUCUCCCGUAUCAGCGAGCAACGCUUUUUAUUAAACUAUAUGUUUGGUGAAGCUCGCAUGCGCCGAGUGGGCAGGCCUACAACCAACGCACUGAAGGGAACUGAAGUUGACGCCAAGGAUGGAAAAAAUCGUGUCGCCUAA